AGUUCCUCCCAUUUGCCAAUAGCUUCCAUGGAGUGCUAGUUCAGGGAAAACAUUUUUCCUUCCAAACUGCCCAAACACCUGGGACAGGACUGAAACAUAGAGGAGAAGGGAAGAUAAAGAAAAAGGCAACCAUGGGAAAGAGAGUGGCCAUCAUCGGAGCUGGUGUCAGUGGCUUGGCCACCAUCAGAAGCUGUCUGGAAGAAGGACUGGAGCCCACCUGCUUUGAGAAGAGUGAAGAUAUUGGGGGCUUGUGGAAAUUCUCGGACCAUGCAGAGGAAGGCAGGGCCAGUAUUUACCAGUCUGUCUUUACCAACUCUUCCAAAGAGAUGAUGUGUUUCCCAGACUUCCCAUAUCCCGAUCACUUCCCUAACUUUAUGCACAACAACAAGAUCCAGGAAUAUAUCACUGUAUUUGCCAAGGAAAAGAACCUCCUGAAAUACAUACAAUUUAAGACACUCGUAUCUAGUGUAAAUAAACGUCCCGAUUUCUCAGUCACCGGCCAAUGGGAUGUUACCACUGAAAGGGAUGGUAAAAAAGAAUCCACUGUCUUUGAUGCUGUAUUAAUUUGUUCUGGACACCACGUGUACCCCAACCUACCAAAAGAGUCCUUUCCAGAACUAAAACUUUUUAAAGGCAAAUGCUUCCACAGCCGGGAAUACAAGGAACCAGGAAUAUUCAAGGGGAAGCGAGUCCUGGUGAUUGGCCUGGGAAACUCGGGCUGUGAUAUUGCCACAGAACUCAGCCGCACAGCUAAACAGGUCAUCAUCAGUUCCAGAAGUGGCUCCUGGGUGAUAAGCCGGGUCUGGGAUGAUGGUUAUCCAUGGGACAUGGUGUUGGUCAAUCGAUUUGAAACCUUCCUCAAGAACAACUUGCCAAAAGCCAUCUCUGACUGGUGGUACAAGAAGAAAAUGAAUGCAAAAUUCAAGCACGAGAACUAUGGUUUGAUGCCUUUAAAUGGAACCCUGAGGAAAGAACCUGUGUUUAACGAUGAGCUCCCAGCCUGCAUUCUGUGUGGCACAGUGUCCAUUAAGCCUAAUGUCAAAGAAUUCACAGAGACUUCGGCCAUUUUUGAGGAUGGGACAGUGUUUGAAGCCAUCGACUGUGUCAUUUUUGCAACAGGCUAUGGUUAUGCCUACCCCUUCUUUGAUGAGUCUAUCAUUAAGAGCAGAAACAAUGAGAUCACCUUGUUUAAAGACAUUUUCCCUCCUUCACUGGAGAAGCCAACCCUGGGAAUAAUUGGUUUGGUCCAGUCCCUUGGGGCUGCCAUUCCCACAGUUGACCUGCAAGCUCGCUGGGCAGUAAAAGUAGUAAAAGGAACUUGCACUUUGCCUUCUGUAACAGACAUGAUGAAUGAUAUUGAUAAAAAAAUGAGGGAAAGGCUCAAAUGGUUUGGCACCAGCAACACCAUGCUGACAGAUUAUAUUAAUUAUAUGGAUGAGCUUGCCUCCUUCAUUGGGGCAAAGCCCAACAUCCCGUGGCUGUUUCUCACAGAUCCCAAAUUGGCUGUGGAGGUUUUCUUUGGCCCUUGCAGCCCAUACCAGUUUAGGCUGGUGGGCCCAGGGAAGUGGCCAGGAGCCAGGAAUGCCAUCCUGACCCAGUGGGACCGGGCCCUGAAACCCAUGAAGACAAGAGCGGUUGGAACCCCCCUGAAGCCUUGCUUGCUUUGCCGUUGGGUCAGGCUUCUUGCUCUUCCCAUUCUGGUUGUUGCUAUUUUCCUGGCUUGGAUCCAAUGAUCAUUCUCCCCAAGAUGUUGAAAGUUACUGAGAAUACCUGGGGCGGGGCGGGGGGGGGGGACUUUUCUAUUUAAAAAUUAAGAAUUUCACACCUCCUACUUCCCUAUUCAGCAGGCAUUAGUCAGUAAAGCAGUACUAUUUCUAGGCUUUUAAAUAAGCCUCUUUAAGAAGCAUGCCAUGACCUAAAGAGAGCAUUAAUCAUUUCUUUUUAGUUUCCACUAACAUUUCAUAAUCAGAACUAUGGUCUUCAUCUCUAACCUCAAUCGUCUCCUGAAACAUUUUGACAUAGUUCCUCUUCUCCUUUACACAAGGUUUAAAAUACAUACUUCAAACCUAAACAAAGAGCAAAUUCAGCAGAGUAGUUGUGAUAUUCUCAGGCCACCUCUACAAACCAUUUGCAGGAGGCUCAAGUAGGGAAUUUGGCUAUUAAUUCUAUUUUUGUGUUAUGCCAUAUCCUCCAGGCAAUAUGUCCUGUUCCUGAGCCUCCAUAGCAUGGACACCUGGUUUAUAAUGAAAAUUAACAAGAAGUAACUCAUCAUAUUUAUAUUCUCAACAAGGACACAAACAUAGCAGCAAAAUAAUACCAACAAGGAGUAGAACACCA